AUGGCUUCGAAUAAAUAUCAAGAAAUCAAUAUAUAUAAUGAAAUGCAACUUGUUAAAGAAAAACGGGCAAAGUUAAUAAGUUUGAUUAUUACUGGAAUUUUAAUCAUUGGUUAUGGUAUUUUGAAUGUUUGGUGUAUGAUAAAAGAUGUACAGUUACCUGUCAUCAGUUCAAAAAGUGUAGACCGAGCUGAGAUACCUGCACCUGGUGUCAUAAUUUGUGGCUUAACCCUAGAUAUGCCAAUUGGAUGCUAUACAAGCGAAGAUAAUGCGCCUGACGACGAUUUUCUUAAGAGUGAACCUUGUGAUGACUAUGUUACGACUGAAAGAUAUGACGCCACUAAUUUUGUUAACAUGCGUGGUUCCUAUUAUUUACCUGGUCACUAUUGCUAUAUUUUUGAUCCUCAAAAACCUCAAGAAACAACAUAUGAAACAAAACCACUUACAUUUAAUAAUUCGACGCAGAAAAUAGCAUUCGCGUUAUAUUCGAGUUUUAACGCGAAUAGCACGUUAGGAGCAAUUACAAAUGAUCAAUGGUUUUUCUUUGGAUUAUUCACUGAACAUGAAAAUCCUCUAAACGUUAAUUUCCAAAUAGUGAAUAUACCUUCAAUAGCAUAUAUAUAUUUUAAACGCAUCGAGGAAAAACAAACUUUAGAAAAUGAUGCAAUCAUUGGUGGAAGCAUGGGAAAUCCAGCUGCAGACGUGGAACUAGUCACAUCACUUACCACAUCAAGAAUAUCUGGAUUUGCUGCUACCCCUAAUCUUUGGUGUAUUCUCCGAAUUAUUCCACAAUCUCAUAAAUUUGAUGAAGCAACUUUCACCCAAAUUUAUCCCGUGGAAAUUUGGUAUAAACAUAUUGAAUUACCGCUUCAUCAGUUAAUUGCUAAUAUAUGUGGUUUUAUUCUUAAAUUACAUGUAGUUCCAUCUCCACCUGUAUACACGCCAUAUCGAUAUGUUAACAUAAAUACAGAUAAACAUGGCAACGCAGAGCAACAAUCCCAUGCUGAAAACGGUUACAAUGACCCACGGAUUCAACGUUUAAGAAAUGAAUUACGAACUGAAUUACAAGCUAAAACACGAGCUGAAAUACAAACAAUUGCAAAUGACAUUGAGAAAUAUUUAAGUAAACAUUGUUUGCAAGAUGUUGUACAAAAACAUGAAUAA